UGUGGCGUCAUGAACACACUGCCUCUGUGUCAACUGUACGGAAAUAUGAGCUUUUGGGCGGACAGUUUCCCAAUCCCUCCACUUCCUUCUCCUCUGAGGCCACUACGCCCAGUCAACAGGAGCAACAGGCAUGCGGCCGUGCAAAGGGAAGUGCUGAACUUCAGUCAGGCGUUUAAAGUUGUUUACCUCUCCAAACAUGGAUGACUCGGACGCGGUCGGGCCCGUCAUUUCUCGCCGGAGACGGGCGACUAUCGCGGCGGGGAGAGGGGCGACCUUGAAGCCGGUGAACGGGAGGGCUGCAUCGGCGAGCCGGAGCGCGGUGUCCGCCGGCAGCAGUAAACCCGACGGCGAGGAGUCAACACAGGGCAAAAGCAAGAACGAGAGAAAGAAAAGAAAGAAUGACCCGGCCCACAGACUGCGCUGUCACCAGUUGCAGGAGUCCCUACUAAGUUCAGGCAGUGGCUACAGAAACUACCGAGGAAUCCUCAACUGGUGUGUGGUCAUGUUGGUGCUGAGCAAUGCCCGCCUCUUCUUAGAGAACCUGUUAAAGUAUGGUAUUCUGGUGGAUCCUAUUCAGGUGAUUUCCUUGUUUGUGAAGGACCCCUAUAGCUGGCCAGCAGCAUGCCUCGUAAUUGUGUCCAACGUGUUCAUUCUGGUGGCUCUCUACACAGAAAGGCAGCUGUCAAUGGGUUCAUUUAGUGAACAUGUGGGGUUGCUGGUCCAUUGCAUUAACCUGUCAGUCACCCUAAUCUUUCCUGCUGCUGUGGUCCUAUUGGUCCCCUCCAUGACUCCAGUUGGUGGUGCAUUUGUUCUUGGUACGUACACCAUCCUCUUCCUGAAGCUGUACUCCUAUAAGGACGUCAACUUGUGGUGCAGGGAGCUGAGCACUGUCAAGGCCAAGAAACUGGCCCGAUCACUGUCCUGUCCCUCUGCACAGCACUUCAAUGGAGGGGACCAGCAGGUCUGUUACCCUGGCAACCUGACUAUCCGAGAUCUCUACUACUUUGUCUUUGCUCCGACUUUGUGCUAUGAGCUCAACUUCCCUCGCUCUCCCAAAAUUCGAAUGAGCUUCCUGCUGAGGAGACUGUUUGAGAUGCUGUUCUUCAUCCAGCUGUUGGUUGGUCUCACUCAGCAGUGGAUGAUUCCUAUCAUUCAAAGCUCCAUGAAACCACUAGAGGACAUGGAUCUGUCCAGGAUGACUGAGAGACUCCUGAGACUGGCUGUUCCAAAUCACUUGUUGUGGUUGAUGUUUUUCUACUGGUUCUUCCACUCCUCCAUGAACUUCACUGCUGAACUGCUGCGCUUUGGAGACAGACAGUUCUACAAGGACUGGUGGAACUCAGAGACGGUGACAUAUUUCUGGCAGAACUGGAACAUCCCUGUUCACAAGUGGUGUCUACGCCAUUUCUACAAGCCCCUGCUGAGGAGUGGGUUUAGUAAAAUGGCCAGCCAAUCAGCUGUCUUCUUCCUGUCUGCCUUCUUCCAUGAGUACCUGGUGAGUGUUCCUCUGAGGAUGUUCAGGCUGUGGGCCUUCACGGGCAUGAUGGCUCAGCUCCCACUGGCUUGGUUUGUUGGCCGCUUCCUGCACGGUAACUAUGGCAAUGCUGCAGUCUGGAUCUCACUCAUCAUUGGUCAACCAUUUGCUGUCCUGAUGUACGUCCACGACUACUACGUCCUGCACCACAGACAGGAGACUGAAUGAUAUGGACACACGACUAUGUUUGCAUAUCUCUCGCUAUAUAUAACUCUCUCAGAGACACACACACACACUUAAACACCACUACUGCUGCAGACAAGUAGCGCCCUCGAUAGGACAGGAUGUAUCACCGCUGCUGAUAGUAAGUUAGUAUGUUUACCUCAGACCUCAAGGCAACUUUAUCAUCUCUCUUGGGAGAAAUAGGAAUGGAUAAAAUGUGUUUGCUGAUAUAGUGGGAUAUGUCAGUGAAAAUAUGAGUACGAAACAAAAUAAUCAUGAAAAAAUAGUGUAAUGUUUCACCUCUGUGACAUAAGCCAGUUUUUCAUAGUUUUUCAUAGUUCAUAGUUUUGCACUCAGGUAAUUUUAUGUAGAAUUUCAGUUUGGGUUGAAAUGUUUGUUGGAUAACGUCCGUGGCAGUGCAAGAGCAGCUUAUACGAUUUCAUUCAUAUUUUUAUAUUUGAUGUUUUACUCCAGUGCUUCCACAAUAACAAGGUUCAGAGGUGCACGAUUUAAUCUCGCUCGGCCUUAUUCUGUUUCUUUUUUUAUGCCAAAUGGAGCAAAUUAAACCACAUUGUGUAAACAAGUAAAGGAAAUAGUCAUCCUGUUUAUUCUAGUGUGUAUUUGGUUAUACAAGUCUUCAACAGUCGUCUGGAUGGGACCUAAUGUUAUGUUUAACAUUCAGUUAGAAUAUUUCUCUGCUUGUUGGGUGAGAGUGGCUGAAUUAUAUCAAAUGUUAGGUCGAUUACAUGAUUCAAGUGCCUUUUGUCGAAAUGAGAGUAUCGUAGAAGUUAUGAAACAUGCCUCUUCCUUGCUUUAAUGUGAGUUUUGGGCCUUCAUUUUCUGUUUUCACUGUGAGAUUGAAUAUGUCUUGGCAAAAAAUGAAUGUACUGAAUGCUAAUAGGAUUUUAUCGCUGUCGAUUUUCAUUUUCAUCAAGGCUUACUUUGGCAAUGGCAGAAUGAAAAAUACCAACAUUAAUGCCCAGGUUUAUGUUUCUGAAAUGUCAUUAAUACUGCACAAUGCCAACAAUGCCAAGACUUUUUAUUUAUUGUUUUUUUUUUUUUUUUUUUUUUUUUUUUUAAGGUUUCUGCCAAAUCUGCAAAGAACUAUACACUAUGCAAAAUCACUGAAUGAAGUUUCGAAGUUCAGGUAUUCUAAUAUUUUUUAUUCUUUAUUCAGAUCCCUGUGGCAGCUACUGUUUCUGGGACUGCUGCCAAUUUAUAAUUUCUGUGUGUUUUAAUCCAGUAUGUUUGUGUCUAAAUACAACAUUCAAAGAAUUAUAUUCCAGUCUUGUUGUUAUCCAUGGUUUAUUUUGUGCCAGUGUAUCUCAGUUUUCCGUGUGUGUUACAUUUAUAAAUGAAGAGCAAAACUGCUUGAAACACAAAGGAUGUGUGUUUUGAGGGACCUAUGACAGUUUUCGUGCUUUUCUUUGUUUGGUGAAUUGGCAAGUAGACAACACAUACGCAAACAAAACAUAUGCAUAUGUUUUUCCAGUUACCAUAAACAUGUACAUAUGGAUAUAUAAUGAGAUACUUUCAUGGCAAUUGAAUGGACAGUGAAAUCUUACCUGCUGCAUUUUUUUAGAUUGGGUAAAGAGCAAACCAUUAGUCUGCUCAAGGUUCACAGUCCAAUGGGAUGUGAAAUCCACCAGUCACUCCUCCCACGCUAUCACAAAUGAUCAAUUCAGUCACUUUCAGAGAAUCAGGGAUCAGCAGUCAUCCAGUGAGCAAUCAGACGUCCUCUCACUAUGGCCACUGACGUCUUAGGUGGAGGAGUGACAUUUUCUCAAAUCAGAUAUGUGUACCACUUAACAAUGGAUUUAAUAUAAUAAAUG